CCACUACCUCCUCUUCUCUUCUCUUUCACGGCUGGACAAAUAUCUAUUUAUUGUACUAUCCGCCUUUUCCAAGUUCAUCUCGUCCUGUCGAUAUACAAUACCAAUUAUCCAUCUCAACACCCCCCACCAUGUCGAACACAACGCAAUCCCAGUCCGAGCCAUCACAACAUCCCGAACAGAUCCCCGCUGUGCUGGAGGAAGACGAUGAAUUCGAAGAUUUUCCCGUUGAGGACUGGCCACAAGAGGAAGCCGAACAAGCAGCGAACGGAAACACUGUCCAUUUGUGGGAAGAAAGCUGGGACGAUGAUGAUGCCGCCGAGGACUUUUCGAAGCAGUUAAAAGAGGAACUCAAAAAGGUCGAAGUGGCGCACUAGUUUAUCCCUCAAGUUCAACUCCGAGAAGAUAGCAUGGCGUGCACACGAGCGAGGACUUUCCCCUUUUUUGGACGUUUCUCUUUUCCCUCUCUUAAUAUUUUAAGUUAGCCUCUAUUUCCAUUUGAUACGAAUUCGAAUUCAUUCGUCACGGACAGAACAAAAACGGACACAAGCGACUGAUAUACGCUUGAAAUAGAAACAAUGAACUGGCGA